ACAGCGGAACAAGAAGAUGUGCGAGUUUCGUUUCCGAGUGACCUAGUUAGCUUCUGCUAUUAGCAUCAGUUAUUAUUCUUUAUGUCUAACAAUGGGAUUGUCCGUUCUUAAUGUAGCAGCUAGCUUUGUUUGAUACCCAGUCUCUGAUUGUUCAGACAAGAAGCGAAACAAAACAUAGGAGGAUUUCUAUCUUGAAGCUUGGCUAAAGGGGAUAGCCGUUGUUAGCCUCUUUUAUUUAGAUAUUGCGAUUAAAAUGUGUUGUCAAACGAUAGCUGUGUUGUAAAUUCACUGUGUGUGGUUAGGGUUAGCUGGCUAGCUGGUUAUCGAUUGCUGGCUGAUCAACGCUUGGCUAUCUUCGUUAAGCUAGGUUCACUCCUGCAGCUCCCUUGGAUGUUCACUGUGUCAGGAAGUGACUCUCCGGCCCCAUGUCUGCUGAGGCUUCAGUAGGCAGUCAUGCUGCUGACUCGGCCCAGUCUGCUAAUUCCCAGCCUGCCUUCCACAACUCGGAUGAGCUCAGAAAUCGAGGUCUGCUCGGGAGCAAGUAUGUCAAAUUAAAUGUGGGUGGCUCCCUGCAUUAUACAACUGUCCAGACGUUAAGCAAGGAAGACAGUCUGCUGCGGAGCAUAUGCAAUGGAGGAACAGAAGUUUCCAUAGACUCAGAAGGUUGGGUCAUUUUGGAUAGGUGUGGCCGACAUUUUGGACUGGUUCUGAACUUCCUGCGGGACGGCUCAGUCCCACUUCCAGAGGAUCACAAAGAACUGGAUGAGGUUCUGAAGGAGGCGCAGUACUAUCGGGUCCAGGGACUCGCGCAGCUCUGCAUCAGUGCCAUGCAGAAACAAAAGGAUGUUUUUGAAACAGUGUGUCGCAUCCCCAUGAUCACCUCAGCCAAAGAAGAACAGAAAAUAAUGGCUUCGUGUAGAAAGCCGGUAGUCAAAUUGCAGAACAACAGAGGGAACAACAAAUACUCUUACACCAGCAACUCUGAUGAUAACCUGCUGAAGAAUAUUGAACUCUUUGACAAACUGGUGCUCCGGUUUAAUGGCCGCGUCCUGUUUGUCAAAGAUGUGCUUGGGGAUGAGAUCUGCUGCUGGUCUUUCUACGGAGAAGGCCGCAAGAUCGCUGAAGUGUGCUGCACGUCCAUCGUCUAUGCCACAGAGAAGAAGCAGACCAAAGUUGAGUUUCCUGAGGCCCGAAUCUUUGAAGAAACCCUCAAUAUCCUCAUCUAUGAGAAUGGCAGAGGGUCUGGACCAGGGGGGUUGCACCUUUUAGACGCCAGAGGCUCGGGGGCCUCACUGGACGAAGAGGGGGCUACCGGAGGCGAAAGGCGAGUUAGACGGAUCCACGUAAGGAGGCAUAUAAUGCAUGACGAAAGAGGGCCCGGUCAACAAACUGUGUAUAAGGACUAAUAAUGUGAAAGCAUACUGCACGGAAGAGCGACUUCAUGUAUGUUCAUUUAUUUUCUUCUCCAAUGCUAGAAUGAAAGAGACGUCCUUGAUAAUAGCAAUAGCUCAGUAGGUAGAUAUUUCCUUAAAUGUCUUGAGACGUCACUGCACAGACAUGUAGGAGUCGAUGACUGAUGUGGAACAGAAGAGACGUUUUGCUUCUGUUUACAAGAAAACAAAAUGUGUACAUAAUUUAAAUAGGAAAUGUGUAAAUGUACCUGGGAUGUGAAACUGGCAUAAAUAUUUCUUGGCAAAUGUUAAAGGACAUACUAUGCAGGAUUUGUCGGCUAUUUGUAAACACAUAGCAUAAAAGUUGAACAGAGCUAAAAAAAUAAAUAAAAAAUAGUGCAACGGUGGUCGAGUGAGUUAAAGAGUGACGAGUCAAGCAGACCAACCACAGUGGAGAGAGACAGGAAAUCUAGCCUCUACCUUAUUUAUUUUGAAGUCCUGUGCACUGUUUUUGGUUGGGGGCUGGCCACUUCUUCCUAAAGGAAAAUCUAAUAAGAAAAAUAGUUCCAGACACCACCUAAAGUGGAACAUAAAUGAUGAUAGAGAGAUUCUUUGGGUAUGAGUCUAUACAUUGUUGUUAUGGAAAUCCUGCAUAGUAUACCUUUCUUAAGGAACCUCCUGCGAGUAACUGAAUGGGCCUAAAAACCCGACUCUCACCUCACCUGUGGGUGUUAAUAAUGUGCACUGGCACCCUCCUUUGUGUUUGGCUUAUAGGAAUUACUGUAAGUCAGUUUAUUCAGGUUGUGAAACAUCUUUCAUUCGUUGGACUGAUAUGCAGCCUGACAGCGAUGAUAUUCUAACACUGGAAUAAAACUGAGUAGCCAUUUUUAGGGAGGUUGUCUAUAAAUGAGAUUGUUGAGCAGCUCCAUUUUCUUUAUUUAAAUUAUUACUGCUGUUGCUUCAAGAUGUUUUAUUAAUUUAUGAACCUAAUUUAUUGUUUGGUAUUUAACUUUUUGUAUUGUAUGCAAUCUUUGUGUUAACUAGUGCUGAAGUGAGUUUAAUUUUUGAAAUGAUACAAUGCACUCGAUAGCACACACCAGAUUUUGAAUUGACACCUGUAAAUGACUAAUGUUUCAAGAAGAACCGUGACCAUUUCCUUGAGAACUCAUUUUGUUCUGAGCCAAGACCUUUCACUUUAUGUCUUAUACCAAACCACUGAAAUUUGCUCAAAAUAAUUGGCCAUAGAGUGAUGAUAAAUGCAAUUAUUACUGGGUUGUAUUUGAAUUUAACCUUCAUGGAGGUGAUACAUAUUUAAUUUCUGAUAUCCACCAGUAUCUUGUGCACACCUAAUCACCCUGAAAACAAAACAUUGAAUGAGAGCAAUAUAUAUCUCUCUUAAUAAAGUACCCUAAGAAUACCCUAAAAUAUGCACUAAUAUGACUUCCGUCCUAUAGUGGUCAUGAGAAUGUUCUGAAUAAAUUAUUUGUGAAAUCCA